AUGAUCGUGGCGGCAGCUUUUGGACCAUAUUCAAACGCCGCUAUUGCGGCCGCGGUGUUUCUGGCUUUUCUAUCACUAUGCUACUUGAUCGAAACUUUGGUUCGAUUCUCUGUGCAUCGUGAGGGUGAUCGAAUGGUUGUGGCCACCCAUGGAGUUUUCCGCAGUAGUUCUACCGGAGGCGCAGCUUUUCAACGGGCGCCAACAACGGAACCUGCUACAGACGGGUAUGGAAUGCCCUAG